AGUAGGGGUCGCUGGGGGAAGGAACCAUCAGCGCCCUCUGUUUACACGGUCUUUCCCUCGCCAGACGGAGCCAUGGCUCGUGGACCAAAGCAUCAUCUGAAGCGCCUUGUUGCUCCUAAAUCAUGGAUGUUAGACAAACUUGGGGGUGUGUAUGCUCCCAGGCCUUCUACAGGUCCCCACAAACUACGGGAGUGCUUGCCUCUGGUCCUGCUCCUGCGUAAUCGUCUGAAGUAUGCCUUGACCAACACAGAAGUGACAAAGAUCACUAUGCAGCGCCUUAUCCGUAUUGAUGGCAAGAUAAGGACAGACAGAAACUUCCCUACUGGGUUUAUGGAUGUUGUGAGCAUCGCUAAGACCGGCGAGUACUUCCGCUUGCCUUUUGAUAAUUACUUAUUGCAAUUCAUUUUAUUUCAGUACAAGUUGUGUAAGGUAAAGAAGGUAUCUGUUGGCCCCAAAGGUGUACCUUUCCUUGUCACCUCUGAUGGUCGCACCUUGCGUUACCCAGACCCUUUGGUCAAGGUCAACGAUUCAAUCCUGUAUGACAUUGAGAAAAAAAAGAUGAAGGAUUUCAUUAAGUUUGAUUCAGGAAACUUGUGCAUGAUCACUGGUGGCCGUAACUUGGGUCGUGUAGGAACCAUCGUGUCCCGUGAGCGUCAUGCUGGAAGCUUUGACAUCGUUCACAUUAAGGAUGCUGUAGGUCACACUUUUGCCACCAGAUUGAACAACGUGUUUGUCAUUGGUAAGGGUAACAAGGCCUAUGUGUCUCUACCACGUGGUAAGGGCAUCAAACUAAGCAUUGCCGAGGAGCGUGAUCGUAGGCUUGCGCAGAAGGUCAAUUAAGAAAUAAACUCUUGAAAUUGAAA